AUGGCAGGGGAUGUCACUUAUGCGGCCGUGGCAAUGCUGCCGAGGGAAAGGCCACACACUCCUUCAGGAACAUCAAACCCAGGAAGCACGAUCACAUACGCUGAGCUGCACGUGAAGAGACCCCAUGGAAACAGCAGAGCAGAGACUUCCGCUCCUGACUGUCGGCACAGGUGCUCAGCCUGGUUCUACGUGGCGCUGGUCCUGGCAGUCCUCGUGCUCAUCCUACUGGGAGUCGUGGCCAUACAGGCCAAGCAAUUUUUGAAGGGCAGAGCGGGAAAAUUGGAAAGUUUGCCCCAGUAUGGUCUGAACAACAGCAGCAGUGACAUUUCUUCAGAGAGGACUGACUCAGCAGCACUCCUGAAAUGGCUCAUGGCAGAGCUGUGUGAAAAUGGACAGGGGACAACAUGUGAGCUGUGUCCCGCCGGGUGGCAACUGCACAGGAGCAGAUGUUACUUCUUCUCUGAGGAGGCCAGGAGCUGGGAGGACAGCCAGAAAAACUGCCUGGCCAGGAAAUCCCAGCUGCUUGUCAUUGAGGAUGAAAUUGAGAUGGAAUUUAUAGACAACAAAGACAAAGAUACCAAAUAUAUUUGGAUUGGCUUGGACACUGAAGACAUGGAGAAAGCAUGGAGUUCAGUGGAAGAUCACACAGUAAAAAAACAGAGCAGGACAGCUCUAAGAAGCAUCAAGGCUGACAAGAACUGUGCUGUUUACAGAAGGAAAAAUGUGAUCCAGGCAGAUAACUGCCAGACGUUAAAGGAGUGGAUCUGUAAGAAGAACGCAACUUUGCUGGUGCUCUGAGCUGCAUUUCCAGACAACAGGCAGAGCUUCUUGUCAGAAGACCCAUUUUACAGACAAAACAACUUGUGGUGUAAAUAGUUUUGAUCAGACUUGCAGGGAAAUUUGCACUUUGCUGUGCUCUCUAAGAAGUCAGAAGACAGGCCCUGUAACAGGGCUGUAAGCUGGCACAUGAGGAUUUUGCGGUGCUGAGCCUUCACACAGACAGAUUUUGGCAGCAGCUGCCUCAGGAAAGGUCAGAGGAGAAGAGAUACUUGUGAGGAGGAGCCCUGUGCACGUGAACUGUGUGAUGUGCAGGAAUUACGGCCCCUGUGGGGGAUGAAGAGUGUGCUGGGCCCACUGCUUGUGGGCCUGCCUGCAGACAGCUGCUGAGCUGAGGACUUCUUAGUUGGGUUUCAGGAUUUUAGUGUUUUCUGAAGUCUGUGGGUCUGUUUUCUUUUCCUUGGGGUCUAACUGUGACUCACAGAAGCCACUUGAGGGCUGGAAAAAAUGCAUUUAUUGGACAGUGUUUUAUUUAAAGCUGCUGCAGAGCAACUGGGUGUAUACAGCAGACCAUGCAUGGAGUGACUUGUAACAAUCAUGGUUAAUCUGCUGACUGCUCCCAUCUUCUUCUGGUGCUGAGCCUUGGAAUCUGAAGGGAUUAACUAGGGAAGGAGCUUGGACUGUAAAACAACAUUGCAGUGCAAGGAAAUGAAGUUUAUAACCUUCCUCUCCACCUAUAUUUUGUCCCGUUACAUUGUAAAUUCCAACUACAGUUAUGCUAUAAUGAGCUGUAAGACUGGUGAAAUGAAUGCCUGGGAGUGCAUUCAGUAAAUGCAUUACUUAGGCAUUGAAGUGUCAUGAAUAAAUAUUAUUUCUGGGUCUAGAACACAAAAAUGCUAAGAGCACUCUGACCCAUGCUUUUAUUAGAUUCAGAUUAUUUGACAAAAUUAAAGAAAUGUCAUGAAUUGAAGGUGUUACUCUAACAAAAAUGGCACCGACUGGAAUUUAAGUCCUUACAGCAAUGAGAAGAGAAACAAAUAUAACAUGGAUUUUGAGAUGGUGAGCCUUUGCCUCAUCUUUGUUGUGAUGCACACAAAUAAAAGCAGCUGCAGUUUCA